AUGGUAGAAGAGAGUCAAGCCAUUCCCUUAGCGCCUGCCCAAAUCCAUCCCAGAAGCGAUGAAGAGUUCGCGAUGACAAAGCCCUAUAAUACCCACCACCAACGAAGCAGCAAAUGCUUUGUCUACACCCUCGCCGCAGUUGUCUUUCUAAGCAUGGUUUUACUAAUUUUUGCAUCAGUAGUGUUACGUGUCGAUACUCCUAACGUCGAGAUCAGGUCCGCCUGGAUGGAAAAUCUCCGGUAUGGCACGUCACCUUCGCUUUCAUUGAAUUUGACUCUGAUUUCCGAGGUCGCAGUUGAUAACAAAAACUUUGGUCGGUUCAAGCUUGAGAAGAGCAGCAAGGCAAGUUUGUUACAUGGGAACGAAACAGUUGGAGAUACAGAAAUUAAUGUGUUGGGUGUUAGAGCGAGAGAGACAAAAAGAGUUAAUGUGACAGUGCAAGUGAGGGCAAAUGGUUUGUGGGACAGUAUGAAUUUCAGCAGAGAGAUUGAUUCAGGGUUGGUGAAGCUGAGCAGCUAUGCUAAGUUGAGGGGUGAAGUGCUUGUAAUGAAGAAGCUUAAGAGGCGCAAGACAGCAAUAAUGAAUUGUACCAUGACCCUUAAUUUGACAAGCCAAGCAAUUCACAAUCUGCUGUGCAAGUGA